GUGAACUUCCUAGAUACACAUCCUGCUCCUGCCUGCCAUGUGGAUUAGCUGUCAAGAUGAACUACGUUCGCGUAUUCACACUAACGUGCCUAUGUCUGGUAUCAUUAAACACAAUCUCUAUGGCAGAUGACGACGAUGAUGAAGAUCCCGUGAGAAAGGCAACUUUAUGUGAAGUGUGUAAAUUUUUAGCUACUGAGCUAAAAGAUAGAUUGAAAGAGACAGGAAAAUCAAAAGCGGUGUUAGAAACUGGCCAUGGCUUCGACAAAAAGAAGAAGAGGGUGGAAUACCAGAAAUCAGAGCUGAGACUAAUUGAGGCCCUACAUGAGCCCCAUAUAUGUCAACAGAUCCUGAAGUACAAAGUCCACAAGGAAAAGAAGGGAUCACUGAGAUUUGACAAAAGAGAAAGUGAAACCAUGCAGACACUUCAUGGUUUAGUGAACAAGGGAGUGAAGGUAGAUCUGGGCAUCCCUGAGGAGAUGUGGGACACACCCUCGGCUGAAGUUACUGACAUGCAGAGGAAGUGUUUCCAGAUGGUUGAGGACCAUGAGGAGGACAUUGAAGACUGGUACUUCCACAAGCAGGAGCAGGAUAUCAUGGACUUUCUGUGUGCAGAUCUUGUGCUCCAAAGGGACAGCAAAGAGUGCUUGUAUGAAUCUGCUGAUCCACAACUAGAGGAAUCUUCAGACUCAGAUGACAAAGAUGAAAAGCCAAGAACAAAGAUUGAUAAAAAGAAAUCCAAAGGUGAGACAGGAGAUAAAAAAGAUGGUCGAGAUGAGCUUUAAUAACUACAAAUGUUGUGGUAGAAACGUCCAGGACAUGCUGUGUGUUUAAAUAUCAGACAGAUGUGUACAAAUCUCCGGAAAACAAGUGCUGAACUCUCAAACAGAUGUAUACAAUUAUUAAAAAAUGUGUGUUAAAUGUCAGACAGAUGUGUACCAAUCAUCAGAAAAUGUGUGUUAAAAUGUCAGACAGAUAUGUACAAGUGUCAGACAGAUAUGUACAAGUGUCAGACAGAUAUGUACAAGUGUCAGACAGGUGUGUACAAAUUUCAGACAGGUGUGUACAAAUGUCAGACAGGUGUGUACAAAUGUCAGACAGGUGUGUACAAGUGUCAGACAGAUGUGUACAAAUGUCAGACAGCUGUGUACAAAUGUCAGACAGAUACGUACAAAUGUCAGACAGAUACGUACAAAUGUCAGACAGGUGUGUACAAAUGUCAGACAGGUGUGAACAAAUGUCAGACAGGUGUGUACAAAUGUCAGACAGGUGUGUACAAAUCUCAGACAGGUGUGUACAAAUGUCAGACAGGUGUGUACAAAUCUCAGACAGGUGUGUACAAAUGUCAGACAGGUGUGUACAAAUCUCAGACAGGUGUGUACAAAUGUCAGACAGGUGUGUACAAAUGUCAGACAGGUGUGUACAAGUGUCAGACAGAUGUGUACAAAUGUCAGACAGAUAUGUACAAAUU